AGCCUCCCCUACAAAAGCAGACAGGUUCUUGUUUUCGGUUUUCACGUCAACAAGAUGUGGUUUGGAAUUGCAGUGGCGUUGUUUGUUGUUUUCUUAAUCAUCUUAUAUCUUGCUUCUCCUCUCAUUGCACCAAAACCGUUGGAACUAAUUAAAGAACAUGUUCUGAUAACUGGGGGAUCAAGUGGAAUUGGAAAAGCUUUGGCAAUUGAGGUGGCAAAGCGAGGAGCCAACAUAUCUCUCCUAGCACGCAACCAAAUAAAGUUGCAAGAAGCCAAAGAAGAAGUUGAAAAGUAUCUUCAGGACAAAUCUAAUCAGCGGAUCAUCUGCAUAUCAGCUGAUUUAUCCAAAGAUGCUGCAACUGUGGAGAAAGCAGUGCGACAGGCAGAGGAACAGCUUGGAACCGUCCACUUGCUGGUCAACUGUGCAGGCACGUCCAUCAGUGGGUCAUUUGAAGACACCUCAGUGGAGGAGUUCAAGAGGAUGAUUGAUAUCAACUACAUGGGUAGCGUAUAUGCCACCAAGGCUGUUGUCCCCGGGAUGAAGCGGCGUCAGAAAGGUCGUAUUGUGUUUGUGUCAUCACAAGCUGGGCAGAUUGGACUCUUCGGGUUCACAGCAUACUCUGCCUCCAAGUAUGCACUGAGAGGACUGGCAGAGUCACUACAUAUGGAGUUAAAGCCCUACAAUGUGUAUGUAACACUCGCCUUCCCAGCUGACACAGACACACCAGGAUUUGCAGAGGAACAGAAAUCUAAGCCUGCCGAAACACGAUUGAUAUCAGAAACUGCCGGUCUCUUCCAGCCAACAGAUGUUGCCCAAACAGUCAUUAAGGAUGCGAUUCAAGGUCGUUUCUUCAGCUACAUGGGUUUGGAUGGCUACAUGCUGGCCAACUUGACCUGUGGGAUGUCCCCAGUCACAUCCAUCAUGGCAGCAACACAGCAGGUAGCAACAAUGGGUUUGUUCCGUGUCAUCUCACUGUUCUAUCUAGACUAUUUCGACCGAAUCUGUCGUAAGUGUAAGUCUGAGAGGGAGGACAAAGCUGGCGAGGAGAAGAAGACAAGUUGAUACAGACAUAGCUACUUGGAUAUCACUAUGUCUGACUUACAUAACACCUCCAUUGCACACAAGCUGAUACAGACACAGCUUCUUGGAUAUCACUAUGAAAUUUACUUAUGUCUUGUCCCUGCACUUACAAAGCCUCUUUUAGAUGGGCAUUUUGAUUUUGGAAUGAAGAAAAUCAACCACUGACAUUCUGAACUUUGAUUACCAGAACAGAAAUAUAAGUUACAUGUAACAUGAUAUCUACAAUAUAGUGUUACAGAUUGAUUCAAAUAGCCAUUUAUUUCACCCCCCAUGAAUCACAACGUAACUUAUGUGCAUCUAUUUUAAAGUUGUAUGAGUAUUGGAAGGCAUAUUUUGCUUCCAGUAAAACACUGAUGAGAGCCAAACAACUCGUCUUACAUCUGCUUCAUACUAUUGAAUCAUGCGCCAUGUGUUCCAGAUUAACUUGUCCUAACUACUUGAAAAUAUGGGAGAAAAUGUCACUGUUCUAUCUUCCUCAAUGUCCCUCCAGGAAGCUUACCAGCAGUGGUAAUAGGUGAACUCAUCAUGAGAAUCCUCACAAUAUCAAGGGUUGCCUUGGAAAACAGAAAAAUGACAACUAAAUCCCUUAGAUAUUUCUUUAACAAACUUGCAUUCGUAUUUGAAUCUUUUUAGAGAAACUUAAUAUAUUAUGUAACGCAAAUAUAUUUCUACAAUUAGCCACCAUAGGAAGCAUUCCUAAUGGAUAUCCAUCAAAUGUAUUGUCUCCUGAUUGCCUUGACUCAUUGAUGUUAACAUCAUUAUUUCUUACACAUUUAGAAAAUGGUUGUAUUAGAUUCCAUAGAUAAUGCAUGUAUUAAUGCUUGACCAUGCAGUGUAUAUUGUACUUGAUAAUGGUCCUCUUCUGGGUGGGUUAUGUAAUUAUCUUGACUAUUGCUUGACUCAUAUAUUUUUGUACACUUUCUGGAAUAAACAGAUCUCUUUUGAUUGUUA